AUGAGCGAUACAAUAUUUCAUGAAAUGAAUAAUGUCGAUCCCAAUGAACGUGUUCAAGUCGGUUCGUAUCGUGUCGACGGUCAUGGACAUCAAAAAUUGAAAGAUGUACCAAUCACCGAAACAAGAUACCAUGCGGAGAAUGUUUUAGAUAAUAUUUGCACAAAAUUUCUUGAUAAGGGUAAAGAUGUUUUCUUUCACCAGCAAGAAAUCAAUCUCGAAUGGAACAUUUGUUUAGAUGUGAUACCCAAACAACUGAGAAAUAUUUAUGAACAUGCCUGUGAUGAUAUUCUCGAGGAGCAUCACGAAAGUCUUAUUGAUUUACUUGUUACACAAAAUAAAAAUAUACAAACAUCAAGACAAUUAGCAGAACUUUUGUGCGUGGAAACAAAUGAAUAUUGCAAAGUCGAUCAAUUUGAUGAGCUUUUCAAACCCUCACCACCGACACCACCAACUGAAGAACAAGAAGAAGAAGAAGAAGAAAAGACGGAGUUAUGA